CUAAGAAGUUACUUUUAAUAAUAAUAUAAACAAUGGAGAGUGCAGCUGCUUCAAUUCUAAAGCGAGCAGUAGAAAUGGACAAGGAAGAACAAUAUACAAUGGCUUUAGUACUUUAUCAAGAAGGUGUACAAAUACUGCUGGAAACCAUGAAAGAGACAAAGGAUACGGCUAGGCAGAAACAUUUUGCUACCAGGGCAUCGGAGUAUUUAGAUAGAGCAGAGAAAUUGAAGGCUUUAAUUAACAAGAAAAAGGCAGCUGGAACAUAUAGAGAGUUAACAAAAAUUGAAAGUGGCAGUACUGGGCAUGGUUAUAGUUCUGUAUUUGGCAGAUUCUUGGAUGCAGCAGUCACUUACAUUCAUAUUGAAGAUCCAUAUAUAAGAGCAUUUCAUCAGUGUCAGAAUUUGGUGAGACUCUGUGAACUGGCUGUGAGAAAGUGCCAUGCAUUAUCUAAAAUAUCCUUAGUCACUACUGUUGAUUCAGAGGACAAAAAGCAUCAAAUAGCAAGAUUAGAGGAAUUGAAAAAGAGUUUAUCAUCUCAUCUUAUUUCGUUUGAAGUUGAAUUUUCUGAUACUUUACACGACAGACAAAUCUCUCUCAGUAAUGGUUGGGUAAUCAAAAUAGGACGUGGUUUAGACUAUUUUAAGGCACCUGAUGGAAAGUUUGUAUUGGGAUCUUGUGACCUUGAAUUGAGACCUUGCUUGGAGACAACAAUUGACAUAUUUCAUAGAAGUCAAUUGAAUAAUGCUGCUACAUAG